UAUUUUCACUUUAGUUGAAAAAGUUAUGUUGUCGCUGACAAAUAGAAGGGAAUAUCUAUAUCAAGAAGCAAAACCACAAUUGUAUAGUUUGAAUGAGCACCACGAUUUUGCUUUAUCUCCAAAUUUGUGAUUCAAUAUAAUGUGCCAGAUUAAUCCAAUCUUACCAACUGUUCAGUGGCUGUGGUUUCACCUUGGAAUUUAUGUUUGACACUUGGCCACAUACACAAAUAAUAAUACUAUAUACUUUUGGCUCACACCAAAAAAAAGUAGCACUUCUCAUUUUAUCAGCAGGACUGUUAAGUUCUGACUUGUAAGUUCUGAACCAGGGCUAACACAACACUUGGCUCCUACCUGUUUUGAUUCGAGCUGCUAGACUACCAGUACGGGCAUCUCUUUACGUGGAAUUUGAACUAGAGAAAAUUUUAAUUUCUUAUAAUGUCUAAGCCAUUAGACUAUGAGAAUCUGAAUGAAAAUGUCAAGAAGUGCCAAUAUGCUGUCAGAGGUGAGCUGUACCUUCGAGCUUCUGAGCUUCAGAAGGAAGGGAAAAAGAUCAUCUUUACGAAUGUUGGUAAUCCCCAUGCCCUUGGACAGAAGCCACUGACAUUUCCACGCCAGGUCAUUGCUCUCUGUCAAGCUCCAUUUUUACUGGAUGAUCCGAAUGUGGGACUCAUAUUCCCUGCCGAUGCAAUUGCAAGGGCUAAACAGUUUCUCGCAAUGACUUCUGGAGGUCUAGGUGCUUAUAGUGACUCCCGCGGCAUUCCUGGUGUAAGGAAAGAAGUUGCAGAAUUCAUUGAGAGACGUGAUGGAUAUCCAAGUGAUCCAGAACUCAUAUUUCUCACAGAUGGUGCCAGCAAAGGAGUGAUGCAGAUCUUGAACAGUGUCAUUCGCGGCCCAAGCGAUGGGAUAUUGGUCCCUGUUCCCCAGUAUCCACUGUACUCUGCUUCAAUUCAAUUAUUAGGGGGUUCUCUUGUUCCUUACUUCCUUGAAGAAACUGCAAACUGGGGUCUUGAUAUCAAUGACCUUCGCCAAUCAGUUGCACAGGCACGAUUCAAGGGAAUAACUGUACGAGCUAUGGUGAUUAUAAACCCUGGGAAUCCCACUGGACAAUGUCUUAGUGUGGCAAAUCUUAAGCAAAUAAUUCAAUUCUGUCACCAAGAAAAUUUAGUAUUACUUGGAGACGAAGUUUACCAGCAAAACAUUUACCAAGAUGAGCGCCCCUUCAUAAGUGCGAGAAAGGUUUUAUUGGAUAUGGGGCCACCCAUAAGCAAGGAGCUUCAGCUUGUCUCGUUUCACACUGUCUCCAAAGGAUAUUGGGGUGAAUGUGGACAGCGUGGAGGAUACUUUGAGAUGACCAACAUACCUCCAAAGGCCGUUGAAGAAAUAUACAAGGUUGCUUCAAUAUCACUCAGUCCAAAUGUUCCUGGACAGAUAUUUAUGGGGCUAAUGGUGAACCCCCCUAAACCUGGAGAUAUCUCAUAUGACCAAUAUGUCAGAGAGAGUAAGGGUAUCCUUGAGUCAUUAAGGAGAAGGGCACAUAUGAUGACUGAUGGUUUCAACAGCUGCAGAAAUGUUGUUUGUAAUUUCACCGAAGGUGCAAUGUAUUCCUUCCCCCAAAUUCGAUUGCCUCCUAGAGCAAUAGAAGCUGCAAAUAAGCUUGGGAAAGCUCCCGAUGUUUUGUAUUGUCUGAGGUUGUUGGAAGCAACUGGCAUCUCCACCGUCCCUGGUUCAGGUUUCGGCCAAAAAGAAGGGGUGUUCCACCUAAGGACAACCAUCUUGCCAGCUGAAGAAGACAUGCCUGCAAUAAUGGAAAGUUUCAAAAAGUUCAACGAUGAAUUCAUGGAGCAAUAUGAAGACCACAGAGGCUAUUCCAGGAUGUAAUAGAAAAUAGAUGAUUGGAGUAUUUAUUGUAUAUGUUUUCCCUUACAAACUACUGCAGCUCUUUUCACAAACCAAUUAUUGUACACUACCCCCCCCCCCCCCCCCCCACACUUUCUCCCUCUUUUUAGCCUUAAUUUAUGUUACAUAUAUGACUUACUAGAUGUUCUAUGUGGGUCUAUACUAUAUAGAUUUCCUUUUGCCUUCCGCAUUUGAUUUUAUUUUUAGUAAAUCAGACUGUUAUAUCAAAAGCUUGUUUUGACUUUUA